AUGGCGUUCCCACAACCUGAGAAGACAGAGGGGUUCACGCUUGUGGUAAACGCCACCAUCCAACCCGACAAAGUGGAUGAGUUUCUCGGUCAUUUCUGGGAAGUCUUCAAACUUGUGACAGCCGAGCCAGAGUGCCUGAGCUUCGAGCUCUUCCGGUACGCGGACACCCCAAACAAGGUCAAAUGGAUUGAGAAUUGGAGCAAGAGCAAGGAGUGGCUUAUGACGCACCAAAUAACCAAGGAUUACAUGAAGUCAUACAUCGAGGCUACUGAUAAGCUACUGAUUGGCCAAAAGGAGUGGGAGAUCUUGGAGCGGUUUGGUGGUGAAUGGGCUCGGGCUCAGGAAGGUAUCUACAAGAAGGCUUAA